AUGUAUAUUUCUAAUUACGAGUAUUAUUUUUUAUUGUUAAUUGUUAUCAUACCAGUUUACUUAUUUUUCCGCCUGUGGUCAUGGAUCGGAUGGGAAUUGUUUGUAAAUAAUUAAUUUAUUAUAAUUACGUAUAUAUAUAAAUUUAUUUUUUGUACUGAAGAAAAUAAUUAAAUAUUUAUUUACAAUU